AUGAGCGGCUCGGAUAGCACACUGUUUGGCACGUUGCCGGAGCUCGUUUACAAAUGUGCCAAACUGGAUCGUGUUGCAACGGUGUUUGAUGCUGAAAAAAUUACGUAUACUUUUCAAAAUGUCAAAAAUGAGGUCAGUGUUUUGAUGAGCGGCUCGGAUAACACACUGUUUGGCACGUUGCCGGAGCUCAUUUACAAAUGUGCCAAACUGGAUCGUGUUGCAACGGUGUUUGAUGCUGAAAAAAUUACAUACACUUUUCAAAAUGUCAAAAAUGAGAUGGAUGCGCUGGCGGCAGGUCUGCUGUCGACGGGCCUCAGGCCGCAAGACCGUGUCCUCAUUUGUGGUUCCAACACCGCUCAUUUCUUCAUCUGUUCAUUGGCCUGUGCACGAGCGGAUCUGAUUUUCUCGCUGAUGAGUCCAAAUUUUGCGGAUGCUAAACAGCUUCAAUAUGCACUCACCAAGGGCGAAUUUCGGGCCAUCAUUUGCUUCCCAGCAAGCCGUGAAACAGAGUUUUUGAAUAAAAUAUUAAACGAAUUAGCGCCGGAACUGAUGCAUUCGGCCAAAGGUCGCUUGUGCAGCAAAGCUGUCCCAAAGCUAACACAUGUGAUUAUGGCUGAAGAGGAGCAUAAGCAUGCGUAA